UAUUUGACUAAACCUUAUAUCCACGCCGGCCAUUCUGAUGCCUGUCCAACUACAAGUGUUUACUAAACGUCGCGCGUUUAGUUCAGUGUUAAUUUGCAAAAUUAUGAGACGGAAGAUCAAAACGUUGUAUAUAUUUGGUCGCCGAAGAAGUGUGAUCACUUUUUUUAUUAUAUUCAUAGUUUCAAUGUUGAGUGUGUGCCGGUGGCUGGCUCAGAUUGGUAGCAGAGCGUUGUUGCUCCCAUCACCACCAGACCAAAACCUGGAGCACCUUAGAAGGAACAGGAGUCUAAAGUAUUACAUCGAUAAGACACAACUGCUGAUAGAGCCUUCAUCGACUCCUUGCGAUGGUGUGGAGGAGGUGCCUAUUCUCGUCCUUGUGACCAGCCCACCCGCCCGCUUCGAGCAGAGGAGCGUCAUCAGGAGCACGUGGGCUAAAUACCAGCCGACAUACUUCGUUAUGGGCCUCGACGGACCUACAGUUGACGAGCAGUUAGUAGACAAUUACGUGGAAGCCAAACAGUACGGAGAUCUGGUGAUCUUCGACUUUCAAGAGCACUACCAUAAUCUGUCGCUGAAGACAGCUCUCAUGCUGCAGUGGACCUUGGACCGGUGUCCGCAGGUGGAGUUCCUUUUGAAGACUGAUGAUGACGUAUUCGUCAACCCUUGGAUGUUGAAGCAGGUGGUUAAGGACAAUAAAGAUGCUCAGCUCUUAGGGUAUAGAAUCAAUAAUACAUAUCUGCAUCGUGAUGAGUACAAUAAAUGGUAUUUGCCACGCUGGCUAUACCCGGACGAUGCUGUCUCAGCAUAUCUCUCGGGUACUGCAUAUUUUAUAAGUGGUGAAUAUAUAAGCAAGAUACUCAAAGCAGCUUUUACUGUACCUCUAGUUAAUUUAGAGGAUAUAUAUUUUUCAUAUCUGGUAGCGAAAAAGUAUCUACACCUGACCCUAUUCCAUGAUAGGAGGUUGAGCCCGCAGAAGCCAUGCUUUUUAAUCGCCUGCGUAUACUGGCACCUGGCUACAGCACACAGUGUCAGUCCUGCCGAAUUGGCCAAUGUUUGGCCAAAAAUCGAAACGAUCGCCAAUGAAUUUAGACAGCAUGAGGACGUUUGUAAAUAUUAUGAGAUUUUAUCAAGUGAUUUGUUCCUGUACUGACUUCUAAUUUCCAGUUUCUGGACGAGUGGCGGUCCUCCACCGUGCGUUUUUCAAGGCACUUUCUUCCACGCACAACCAUUCUUUGGAAUCAACUUCCAGCAGCAGUAUUUCCGAACCGAUACGACAACAUAACCUUCAAGAAAAAAAAUAUAUUCCUUUUUAAAAGGCCGGCAGCACACCUGCAAUGCUGGCUGGUGUUGUGGGUGAUCAUGGGCGGCGGUAGUCAAAAAAAAAAGAGGUACACAAGCAAUCGACUUUUGUACAAAGUCUCAAAACUUUAACUUUUGUAACUUGUGAUGAGACAACGAACUAAUAUUUUACAGGUUUGUUAAUGGACUAGUUCAUCCCACGGUUUUAUCCACGUGGAUAACUACACACUGUACCCAAGCUUAGUAUAUUUUGUAAACAUCUCAUUUGCUAGAAUGCUUUAUAUUUUUUUUUACAACGCCGGGGGCAAACGAGCAUGCGGCUCACCUGAUGGUAAGUGACUACCGCCGCCCAUGAUCACCCACAACACCAACGGCAUUGCAGGUGCGCUGCCGGCCUUUUAAAAAGGAAUAUACUCUUUUCUUG